CCCCCACCUGGCAGCCCCAUUUGGUGAUCUGUCCAGCCCGCACCAGCACCGUGUGCGCCGUCUCGGUGGUUUUUCGAAUGAAAGGUGCCAUAGUAGCUAUUCACAAUGAAGUUCUUACCUCUACGCGACUUCGACGUCAUCACGUCGGCGCUGAACUUCAGCACGCCUGAUUGCAAGGUAACUGGUGGGUGCGAUUUAUAUACUACGAAAGCCGCCGGUUCCGAUAAAAAGCUCUACAAGUCGAUCGAGUGUUCUCUUGAAUCACAGCAUGCCGCCCUUCUCAAGUUCGGCGCUUCUUUGUCUCCUCCACAGCGAAAGGAAAUGGCUGGAUCGCUGAACUUAUCGCGCUCCAGUCCUUUCGGUCCGCUGAGUGACAUUUCGAGUCGACGGACAUUUGCAUAUCUAAUUGCGACGCUGAAUGCAAGCCAUCCUGACUAUGACUUCUCGCACGUUCUGCGGCCGUCGGACUUUCGUCGCGAGAAAAAUCUACGUCACGCUAUGGCAAGCUUCGACAACACAUUGCACAGCGUACGUCCGCAAGGAACUUCGCUUCUCUCGCCGAGUAUGAUCUCUAUGUACCGUGAUUAUGGCAAUGCGCCUUCUUCAACAACGACGGCAGACGCCUUCCCUGUGAAUAGUCCUGCUUGGGGUCCCCACAUGUGGAAUAUGCUUGACAAAGAGAUGACUCUGAAGGACUGCACCGUCUUCUCCUACCAACCCCCAGAUGAUCCUUUUGAUGGGGAUGAGGCUGCCAUAUGGCGCCUGCACUAUUUCUUCUUCAAUAAGAAGAUGAGGAGGGUUGCCUACAUGUAUGUCAGGGGCCUACCGGUUGUGAUGAACUCUCCUGCGCUAGUGCCACACAGACGAGGGAGCAAUUGCAGCACCAAGCGCCACGCCGCUCCCCUGGCUGGUAGUUUUGGUGCCAAUAAGCGUGCCAGAUUCUGGCUAGGUGAACAACUCGCUGGUCGUGUCAUCCCCGAUGAAUAUGAAUACGAUGACGAGGAUGAUGAACCGGACGUUGAAAUCUGGAAUCCCGAUGACGAUGUUGAUAUUGAUCCAUUGAGGGACUCGACUCCUGAAGAGGAAGAGAGCGAUCAGUACGAUGAAAGCGAGAGUGACGAUGAGGAUGACCUUGCUCUUCAUUCUGUAAGGGGCGUGAGCGAAGACAUAGCCGCCACGAUGGAGAUGUAAGGCCCCUUCCGGAAACUGCCGGUACUGGAUGCGUUCAACGGUAUCCCAUGUUCAUUUCGAAUGCUUCGAACAUUUUCAACAUUUUGCUCUACUAUAAGUUACGGCAAAGGUUCCACACAGGCUAGUCUCUAAUUCGCCAGUACAAGGGUUUUGGCGGGGGACUAUAUUGUUUUGGCGUUGAGGUUUCGGCAGGGGUUGUAGAGCGGGAGCGCCUCGAUACCCCGGAUCAUUUUCAUAGUCGUCGACGUUUUCCGUUUCUUGUACAAACUGCUUUUUCUUUCACGGUUCGGGACGGGUGGAGUCCCUACAUACGGCGGGGAUCGGUACCAGGUGCAUUAUUUGGGCGAUAGGUUCUAAGUCGGUUUCUGUGAUUUGCUUUCACGAUGGAUUUGAGCACCUUUACGAUUCCUAGUAAACUGGAACGAACGCCAUGAAUUCACUACAGGCUAGGCCAAUUAGUCAGUAUUCGUCAAUAUUAUGCAUGCAUGGGUAAUGAAUGACUAUUGUGCAUGUGUGUUGUGAU